UCAAAGCCCAUGCUGGACCGGUCAGCAGAAUGCCUUGAAAUAAAGAAGCAGCAGUAAAGCUACUUUAAGGACAUCCGUCGCUCUAAAUGUUGGAAUUAAUGCAAUGAAGAAAAUGGGGGACUUGGAAUCCGGUUUUGAGGAAAUGCAGGGUGUAAAGCUUGGCUAUUUGGUUAUCAAAGGCAAACAAAUGUUUGCCCUGUCUCAAGUCUUCACCGACCUCUUGAAAAAUAUUCCGCGGACUACUGUACACAAACGAAUGGACCAUUUAAACGUGAAGAAGCAUCACUGUGAUUUGGAGGAACUGCGAAAGCUCAAAGCAAUAAAUUCUAUAGCUUUCCAUGCAGCUAAAUGCACUCUGAUUUCAAGAGAGGACGUUGAGGCACUGUAUUUUUCAUGCAAAACUGAGCGCGUAUUGAAGUCAAACAAAAGAAGGGAAAAGACAAAAAAUUCCUCAGAGAAAAUGUGCGACGGCAAAAAUCGCACCUCUGCCAGAAGUGACUUUUGGAGAGAGAAAGUUUGGUUGAGUUUGCAUGGCGUUCCUCAGACUUUCUCAUUCAAAAAUAAAGCUGUUCGACAGGACCCUGUCCCUCGCACUCACUCCAAUCUACCUCAAAUUUACAGCAAAUCCUUCGCCCGGGAUUUCCAACCGGUCACGAAGUCGGCAUCUACACCCUUUAAAAACUAUGAAACAGAUCAAAUACCUGACAACUGUGUGGCUUUUAAUCAGAAACAUACGCUUUUUCGGCACGUUGUGAAUCGGCAACCGCUGCUUUAUCAGUCCGCCAUUGCAGCUCAGGCAAAGCACCAAGGCAACGCAGACCUACUUUACAAAAGGAAGAGGAAGCGUGAGAGCAACGCGAGGCAGUUUUGGUCGAGGAGCAGACGAAGCCAUCCGGUUUUGGUCGUCCCAAAAUGCUGUAAACCAAAAGUUCCCAACGGAUCUUUGAGCCACUUUCACCACCUCGAGCAUGGAUUGUACGUCGAUCCUCGGCACACUGGACAUUUUCAGGAAAGCUGCAGCAGCGACACGGAAUCUAGCUCCAUCUCAGAACGGGUGAACAACGAUUCGGAUUUCGGGUCGAGCUUCUCUACCACCAGCAACUCCGGGACUUCGGAUGAGGAGGAGGAGGAUGACUCUCUGUCGGACUCUUCAGAUGUCAGCAGCGAUGAAGAGAGCUCCUCUCAGUCUGACUCGAGCUCUGUGUCCAGUCAAGUUUCAGUGCAGAGUAUUCGUUUCAGGCGUGCGAGGUUCUCAAGUCUCAACACAAAAGCACCUCUGCUCUUGCAGCCAACUUUUCACUACAGGCCCAAUGUGCAGAACAUCCCCACUAACCAAGGAGCACCGACUACUUUGGAUUGUGAAAGAACUGGUAAAACUCAUAAAUCGGACUCGGCCAGGGACGAACACAACAAGGAUGUUGAUGCCGCAAAAGUGCAGAAGUUCUGCCCGGUGCGGACCUGCUUCCCAGAUUUGAGGCAAAACGAGGGCUCUGAAGCACCAUCACGCCUUGAAUUUUCAAAUGAUCCAAAGACAACUGACUCUGUCGCUAACAGAAUUAAAGAGACUGGGCUUACACCUAAUGCAAAUGGAAACAAGGCGUUUCCCCAACAAAGAAUACCGGGUUCUGCAAACAAAUGCUCCCAAGCCUUGAUCUCCCACUGUGUUCCGGACAAAGAAAUAACGGUUUGUAAGUCUUCUGACAGCAAUCUUUCAUUAGCAGCAAAUUCCAAGAGGGAAGCAAGAACUUCCCUCAAACUACCUUCACCUCUAAAACCUAUCAAAACAGAGACCGAGGAGCCCAUUAGUACCUCAGGCUUUAACAAUGAGGGCAACAGGGCAGUAAAAACGCCACCAUUUUUACUCAACAACGUGAAGAUUAAAGUCGAGGACACCUUUGACGAAUAUGAAUAUGCAAAUCAGCCUCCGGAAUAUCAAUGUUGUAAGGAUAACGACGCUGAUGCCCGGCGCAUCAGUACUCAUUUUAAGGAAACUGACCACUGCAAAACCACAGAGAGCUCUGUGCAAAAACACCCUGCCUGUAACGAGGAAUCAAGAAGCACUUUAAACACUCCUUGUUCCGAGGAAGGGGAAUCCAAGAAUGGGGCAAGGGUCAGGAAAAACUACAGGGCGAUGCUUUUGGGGAAAAAAGCCGAAAGUGCAAGAACAUCCGCGAAAUCAGUUGCAAAAGUUGACCGAAGCCCCCGUUCUGCAGGAAAAUUCGCCAGCAGUGAGGGAUCGAAUGAAGACUGUGCGGGCGCUAGCAAACGCAAACGAGCGAGCGCCAAUGUAGCAUCCCUAAAAAAGCCCUUCAGAUUCAUGGCGAAUUUUCCCUCUCCGCCGUCUCUUGUUAUUGGCAGCGAUGGAGAUUUGAGUCCCGCUUACUCUCUGAACUCUUUACGAAGUAAUCAACUGCCUCAUCGUUCUCACCCAGUGUGGAGAUGGCAGCUUGGUCAUUCAGUUGUUCCUCCCCCUCCAAGCCACAAAUUCAGGAAAGCCUCUGUUAUCCCGUGAACUGUUGUUUUGAGCACGGGGGAAAUGAAUUAAAACUGUGACAAGCACUGAUACCCGUUAGUUGUUUUGUUUUCACUGUUGUUUUUAAUGCAUAGCGUUUCUGGCCUGUUGUUAUGUAGCACACACCGUCCUCAUAUAGCACAGGCCCAGGUUUGGGACUCGGGAAUACGCGGAGGUAUUUAUAAUAAGCUGGUCUAGCAAAAAACAACAACAACAACAACAACAAAAAACGGUUGUUUUCAAAAUGACAUUAUUGACAUCGUGGAGCGGUUUCGAACUGAUGGACUAGACUCUCACGGAGCAAAUGUUGGCUCGUUUUGCAGGCAGGGUUAACCAUCUCUCAUAAGGAUGGCGUUAUAGUGAUUGUCAGGUCUGUGUCAACUAAAAUGUUGAUUUUGUUUUUAAAACAUCUGUCGGUAUAUUUUGGGCCAAUGUUUUGUAUUUUCCCUUUAUGCUUCAUCCACAUACUGUAUCUUUGAAUUACUGUAGACCGAUGAUCCAUACCUUUCUUAUUUAUUCAUUUUGUGGGUGCUCCCCAAUUGUUGGCGCCUGGCUGUGUUCACUCACACGCAGCGCACCAUAACUCUCACGGUAGGCCCAACACAAUGGCCCUCUAACUGACAAUCAAGAGCUGUUUGAUUUGCACGAUGUAAUAGAGGGAAAAACGCCAAAUCAAACUCCUUCUUUAGCACAUUCGUAGCUUAAGGUAUAGAACAGCUAAAGCACAAAUUUACCAUGCAUUGCACUUUGCUAAUGCCCGUUAAGGUGAAUUAGUGUGUUUUUAUUUUUCGAUUUUCCUACACAAAAGAGCCAUCGCAAGUUAACCCAAAAACCUUUUUAAAAUCAGUAACUAUUAAUGUGGUGCUAUUUCCAAUAUGCUCGUUUGCUUUUGAGAGGAGGUUUUUUGUUAGUCGUUCUUAUUGUAAAUGUUGCCGAUUUAAACGCAGCGACCUACAGGCAUACAGACAACUGCAAACAACAGUGUUUUUACAUACGUGACGAAAUCAAAGAAAAAAAAAAACAGACCUCGGUGCUCAGUGGAAUAUA